AUGUCUCUCUCCCCGUUGCCCAAAGCCCUCCUCUUCGACAUCUUCGGCACCUGCGUAAACUGGCGCUCCACCGUCACAACCGCGCUAUCACAAUCCGCCCACUCCGCCCUAAACUCCGCCACCGCAUCGCUAGCCUCGCGUCUGCGCCUGCGAGCCUCUGAAAUGAGCGACGAGCACUGGGGCCAAUUCGCACAGCAAUGGCGAAACAGCUACAAGGCUUUUACAAAACAACUCGCAUCUGACCCAUCCAUACCAUGGGUAUCUGUCGACGACCACCAUCUAAGUGCACUCCAGAAACUCAUUGCAGAAUGGGAAUUAGAGGGUCUAUGGGACGACGAAGAGAUCCGCGCGUUGAGUCUGAUAUGGCACCAGUUAGACCCCUGGUCCGACUCCGUCGCUGGUAUGACAUUGUUGAACCGCGGUGGUUUCCACACAUGUAUGCUGUCAAACGGGAACUUAUCUCUGCUCUCCGAUCUACGCGCGUACAGCCAGAUACCCUUCACGCACAUCUUCUCCGCCGAGAUGUUCGGCACGUAUAAACCCAGUCCGAAAGUUUACCUGGGCGCGGCGGAGAAAUUGGGGCUCAGGCCGGAGGAAUGUGCCAUGGUGGCGAGUCAUUUGAAUGAUCUCAAGGCGGCGAAGGGGUGUGGGUUGAGGACUGUGUAUGUGGAGAGGGCGCAGGAGGAGGAUUGGAGUGAGGAGGUGGCUGGGGAGGCGAGGAGAGAGGGGUGGGUUGAUGUGUGGAUUGAUGCGAAGGAGGGGAGUAGAGGGUUUGUUACUGUGGCGGAGAAGUUGGGUGUUAAGGUUGAUACGGAAGGGGUUACGGAGGCUAAGAGAGUGGUGUCGCUCCCUACGCAGAUGGAGUGA